UAAUCCAAAAUACCUAAUGGCUGCCAACUCAUCAGUAUGUUGAUGGGUUACCGUUAAUUUCAAGUAUUCUUAAGAGAUAUUUUUCUUCGAGAUUAUUUAAUACAGUUUAAUGAAACUCCUUGAAAAAUGCGAGGUGUAAUAUAUAUUUUCGUAACGUUACUCGCGUAUGCUCACGGUAUCAGAUUUUACCUUGAGCCGAAUGCUUUCAAGUGCUUAAAGGAGGAAGUUCAAGCAAAUGUUUUGGUUGCUGGGGAAUAUGAAGUCUCUGUGACACCAGCUGUUAAAACCGAAUACAUUAUAAGAGAUUCAAAAGGAGAUAUUCUAUCGAAAAAAGAUGACAUUCCCCAUGGAAAGAUGUUGAAAUUCUCAUUUGUCACAGAGACAUAUGAUACAUUUGAAAUUUGCUUUAUGGCACAUGCCAUACAACCAUCUUUUUCAGGCAAUAUCAAACAGAUUAAGCAAGAGAUUCAUUUAAUCACAAAACGUGGAAUUGAAGCAAAGAAUUAUGAAGGAUUGAUUGGUGAAGCAGCAAAACUUAAACCUUCUGAAGUAGAAUUAAAACGUCUGGAAGAUUUAUCCGAAGCUAUUGUCCAAGAUUUUGCUCGAAUGCGGAAAAAUGAAGAAGAAAUGAGAGACACAAAUGAGGCAACGAAUACACGCGUACUUUAUUUCAGUAUAUUUUCCAUGUGCUGGCUUUUGGUUCUUUCAAUCUGGCAAGUCCUUUACUUAAGACGUUUCUUCAAAGCGAAGAAGCUCAUAGAAUAAUUAGCACAUAGAAAUAAUGGAAUUUGUCAAAAUUCUUACAAUUUUUACACUUUCCAAAAUUUUAUUUAUUUUUUGUUCUUCAGUAAAUGAUUAAAAACUACUGUCGUUAUAAAAUUGUGGGAAAAUUGACUCACUUAAGUUUUGUAUACUCAAAUUUGAAUAAAAAAUAAAUAAAGUAAUAAUCAAAUAAUUGUAAAAA